AUGGUGCACUUAGGCUUAGGUGGGCAGUAUAUAAUUGAAGGGGGGUCUGCUUACGCUUCCCCUAAUUCCCCCGAGGAUGUUUUAAUUGAGACAAAAAAGAUCGCUCUACAUGGCGAAAAACCUGAAGAAAAACACGACGAAAAAUCUGGCGACUCCAAAAAACUAGACUUUGGCAAGCUGGGUAAAAUGAUCCCCAAAAGGAAAAUGAAUUUGAGCGAUAAAUUGACCAAAGGCCCCAAAAAUAAUGAACCUAUGCAUGGACCCAAUGAAGUGCUUCCCAAAGGUAAUAAAAUGGUAAAAUUCGGCCCUCCGCCAACAAAAGAAGGAGAAAAGAAAGAAAGCGAGGAAAAAAGGAUUAAAUAA